AUGCCUGGGAAAAGGCCCCUGAAUGCAGCGGGCAUCCCACAUGCCAAAAGGGAACGGAAGGCAAUUACCCUGGACCUAAAACUGGAAGUCUUACGACGAUUUGAAGUAGGUGAAAAGCUCAGCCAGAUCGCAAAGGCCUUAGGCCUCGCUGUUUCUACCGUGGCUACAAUCCGAGAUAAUAGAGAGAAAAUCAAAGCGAAUUCACAGAUAGCUACUCCCUCGAGAGCCUCCCGGUUGACUCGCCACCGAAGUGCCCUCAUGGAGACCAUGGAGCGCCUGCUGCACGUGUGGCUUGAAGACCAGAGCCAGCGAAACGUGCCCCUGAGUGUCACCGUCAUUCAGGAGAAGGCCAAGAGUUUGUUUGAUGACCUGCAGCGUGAAAGAGGCGGAAGGUCUCCAGCAGAGAGGUUCAGUGCAAGCAAAGGCUGGUUUGUGAGAUUCAAGGAGCGCCACAGUUUGCCUCACUUCACGGUGAGCAGCACAGCGCUGGGACACAAGGACGUGUAUGCAGAAGUGCUGAGAAGCAUCAUCGAAGGAGGUGAGUACAGCCCUCAGCAAGUUUUUAAUGUCGAUGAGACAGGGCUUUACUGGAAGAGAAUGCCUGAAGGAACGUUUAUUUCUGUGGAAGAGAAAGCCGAGUCAGGCUUUAAAUCUUCCAAAGACCGCUUGAUGCUGCUGCUUGGUGGCAAUGCAGCUGGGGACUUUAAGCUGAAGCCCUUACUGGUGUACCACUUGGAAAAUCCCAAGGCUCUGAAAGGGUACUCUAAGCCCAAUCUGCCUGUGAUUUGGCGCUCAAACAAAAAGGCGUGGGCAACCAGGACCAUCUUUCAGGAAUGGUUCACAUACUUCUUUUGCCCUGCCAUAGAAAAAUACUGUACCCAAAAUCAUCUCACCAACAAAGCGUUGCUCAUCCUAGAUAAUGCACCGUGCCACCCGACAAAUCUGGGUGAUCUAUCUGAUAACGUGAGAGUCGAAUAUCUUCACGACAGAACCGCCGACUUAGUCCAGCCCAUGGGUCAAGGCAUAACCUCUAUCUUCAAAGCUCAUUACGUGAGAAGAACUUUUGAGCACAUCCUAGAAGCAACAGACGGAGAGGACACAGCCAUGAUCAGGGAGUUUUGGAGAAACUACAGCAUCAUGGAUGCUGUAGACAACAUUGCAGUGGCUUGGGAGGGGCUCAGACGGGCAACAAUGAACAGUGUGUGGAAGAAGAUUUGGCCCGAGUGUGUUCAGUUCCAGAGUGUUUCCCAAACAGAUAACAUUGCACAGCUUCAACAGAACAUUGUGACCCUGGCCAGGAACAUGGCUUUUGAAGAGGUUGUAGAAGCCGAUGUGGACCGGUUACUGAGGUCCCACGAGGACGAUCUCUCAAACGAGGAGCUGAUGCAGCUGGGGCAGGAGACCUCAGGAGAGGAGGAGAGUGAAGAGGCCGCACCCGCCCUACGCCAGCUAACCGCAGGAGAGCUAUCCACAGCCUUCUCACAUUUCGAGGCAGGCUUGCGAGUCCUUGCCAGUAACAGCCCUGGUGACAAGUGGAAACUGCAAGUCUCAAGAGCAGUCAGUGAGGCAAUUAACUGCUACAGGGAACUGUACAGGGAGAAGCAGCAAUGCUCAGAGCAGCUCUCUUAG